AUGGAGCUACAGCUGCCGACGGUCAUCUUUUUCGCCCUUCUGGCCUCGCAGGCAAUUCUCCCUCUGGGAGCGGCCCGGCCAGGAUCCCAGCUACCAACUGGCCGUUUCCUUCUGCAAGAUGUGUCUUUUGCCAACACCAAGGAGCAGAUGAGGCUGGCUGCAGAGCAGAAGCCCUAUGGGGACGUCCUGUUGCUUAAUAGUGAGAGAGUCUGUGGAUACCACCUAUUGGAAGUCCUGCCUCCCAGCUGCGACCCUGCGGCCAUGAACCAGGCCCUGUGCUGUGCAGCAGUUCUGGCCUUCUUUGACGAGGGACAGUGCCUUUGCCAGCCGAGGCUGCAAUUUCUUGGGGGCGUUGCGGCGGUUCAGACACUCCUUGCCUUGGGGCCUCAAUGCGGGUCUCAAUUCCCAUUUCCAUCUGAAAAUGAGGGUCUAUUGUCCUUGAGGAACCUCGAACAGUGCAGGCCGACCCUGGAGGAGAGCACGGUAGGCCAGCUGACGCCGGAGUCCGUCGGCCUCACCGCCGAGGAACUCGCAGCCCUGGAGGCGGUGGAGAUCCCGCUCUUCGUCGACCUGUACAAGCCCGCAUUCGAACCCAUAUUUCCUGUCAACACCGUGACUGUCAACGUCACCCGGAAGUACCCCUCGGUGCUGAGCAGCCCCGACUCUACCGCCACCACCUUCAACGCCAUGGUCUUCUACCCAGACGACCCCAAGGGGAAGAAGGGCAACUUCCCCCUCGUCACCUUCGCGCCGGGCCUGGGCGGAUCCCCCAGGAGCUACAACCAGACCCUCACCUUCCUGGCCUCCCAGGGCGCAGUGGUGGUGUCCCCCUUGUCCACCCAGUGGAUCAGUCCCCUGGACAGCUUCGAGUUCUUCAAGGCGUAUGGCGGGGACGUCGCCAACGCGCUGGCGUGGGUGCUGGGCGACGGGACCAAGACGAACGACGACGACGACGACGACGACGACGACGACAUGGACGACGACCUGGACGACGACAUUGAUGACGACGUCGAUGACGACGACAAUGGCGACAUCGAUGGUGACAUCGAUGACGAUGUCGACGACGACGUUGAUGACGACCUCGACGACGACGACGACGAAGACGGCUUGGCGGCGUCCAUUCGCAGCCUCGUGGAUGUGACCCGCGUGGGCGUGCUGGGACACUCCUAUGGGGGUGCCAUGGCUUUGGAGGCCGCCGUCGUGGCGCAGCAGAACUUCUCCAUCUCCAUCGAUGGCGUCUUCAGCACCAGCCCGAUCUGCGUCCUGGCCUCGGAUGUGUGCGACAUCCCGUACGAGGCCGCUGCGAAGCUGGAGGACAUGAGGGUCAAGUUUUACGUGGGGGAGCUCGACGAGGUCUCCCCGCCCUCGCACGCCGAGGUCUUCAACUCCCGUCUGCCGAAGAGCGCCGCGGGGCAGUUCAUGGAGCUGGAGGGCGCCACGCACUGCUUCGUUGAGGAGGACCCAAAGAAUUGGCCAAUCUUCAACUCGCAGUGUGGCAAGGGCACGAUUUCGCCCUUUGAUCAGGUUGCCGAAUGGCAGAGGGAGCUGGUGUCGUUCUUCAAGCUGGAUUGA